CGCGCGCGUUCCAAGAUGGCCGCGGCCAGUGCGGCCGGACCGGUAGGGAAUGUGUUCCCGUUCCGCGAUGCCCGCGCCGCGCCAGACCCAGUGCUGGAGGCCGGCCCGGAGGCACACGGGCCACUGCCAGUGCCACUGGUGCUGGACAACGGGUCGUUCCAGGCCCGCGCCGGCUGGGCAUGCCCCGGGCCGGACCCGGGCCCCGAGCCGCGCCUGCAGUUCCGCGCUGUGUGCGCCCGCGGGCGUGGCGGGGCUCGGGGCGGAGCGGGCCCGCAGGUGGGCAACGCGCUUGGCAGCCUGGAGCCGCUGCGCUGGAUGCUGCGCUCGCCCUUCGACCGCAACGUACCGGUCAACCUGGAGCUGCAGGAGCUGCUGCUUGACUACAGCUUCCAGCACCUGGGUGUCUCCUCACAGGGCUGUGUCGAUCAUCCCAUAGUUUUGACAGAAGCUGUGUGCAACCCGCUGUAUUCUCGACAAAUGAUGUCCGAGCUUCUUUUCGAGUGCUAUGGGAUUCCUAAGGUUGCCUAUGGAAUAGACAGCCUCUUCAGCUUCUACCACAAUAAGCCAAAGAACUUGAUUUCCAGCGGGCUCAUCAUUUCAUCUGGAUACCAGUGUACCCAUAUUUUACCCAUCUUAGAAGGGAGGUUAGAUGCUAAAAACUGCAAACGCAUCAAUCUGGGGGGAAGCCAAGCAGCUGGCUACCUCCAGCGUCUCCUGCAGCUGAAAUACCCUGGGCAUCUGGCAGCCAUCACUCUGAGCCGCAUGGAGGAGAUCCUGCACGAGCACAGCUACGUUGCUGAAGAUUAUGUGGCAGAACUGCAGAAAUGGCGGUGCCCUGAUUAUUACGAGAACAACGUCCACAAGAUGCAGCUCCCGUUUUCCAGCAAGCUCCUGGGCAGCACUCUGAGCUCCGAGGAGAAGCAGGAACGGCGGCAGCAGCAGCUGCGGCGCCUGCAGGAGCUCAAUGCCCGCCGGCGGGAGGAGAAGCUACAGCUGGACCAGGAGCGGCUGGACAGACUGCUCUGCGUGCAGGAACUUCUAGAGGAUGGCCAGAUGGAUCAGUUUCACAAGGCUCUGAUAGAGCUGAACAUGGACUCCCCAGAAGAGCUGCAGUCCUACAUACAGAAGCUCAGCUCGGCCGUGGAGCAGGCUAAGCAGAAAAUCCUUCAAGCAGAAGUCACCCUCGAGGUGGAUGUGGUGGACAGCAAGCCAGAGACCCCUGACCUGGAGCAGCUCGAGCCGACUCUGGAAGACGUAGAAAGCAUCAAUGAUUUUGAACCCUUGUUUUCGGAGGAAACCCCUGAGGUGGAGAAGCCAGUCGCCACUGUCCAGCCCGUGUUUAACUUGGCAGCCUAUCAUCAGCUGUUUGUUGGGACAGAAAGAAUUCGGGCUCCAGAAAUUAUCUUCCAGCCGUCUCUCAUCGGGGAAGAGCAGGCGGGGGUCGCAGAGACCCUUCAGUACAUCCUGGACAGGUACUCCAAGGACGUUCAGGACAUGCUGGUUCAGAACGUUUUCCUCACCGGUGGGAACAUGAUGUACCCUGGGAUGAAAGGUAGAAUCGAGAAGGAGCUGUUGGAGAUGAGGCCCUUUCAGUCUUCUUUUAAGGUUCAGCUUGCCUCCAACCCGGUGCUGGACGCUUGGUACGGCGCUCGGGACUGGGCCUUGGAUCACCUGGAUGAUGACGAGGUCUGGAUCACCAGGAAGGAGUAUGAAGAGAAGGGAGGAGAGUACCUCAAGGAGCACUGCGCGUCCAACAUCUAUGUCCCCAUCCGCCUGCCCAAGCAGGCCUCACGCUUCUCAGACGCCCAGGCCCCCGGCAAAGGCUCGGGGGCCAGUGGAGGCGGCGCUGGCGAACAGGCUUAGCAGGGGCCCUCUGGGACCCGGGGCCGUGUCGGCCAGCAUGAUGGUCGGCGGCUGUGCCAGCUGUUGUCCACUCUGAGCCCUCUGGUAGUGCUGGGGUGCAAGCACUGGGGAGAGCAGUGAAGGGACACUGGGAGUUACUCUUGGAACUGCAUUCACUUGGGGCUCCUGCAACGAAGAGACUUUAUGUGACCUUCUGGUGUCUUCGCUGAACCACGGAUGAGCUGUGGCAUCGGCUUUCCGCAGCAGUAAAUGAAGACCGGGUGGAGGACAGCGAUGUACAAAAUGUAAAAAUUGUAUUUCUUCAUUUCAAAAACAUCUUUUUUUAAGAAAAUCCCUAAAAAAAAAAAAUCCUUUAAAAUUCAUACUAUCAGUGUAGAUGUUCUUCUGACUUUAUUCAGAAUCGUGUGAACGCCCAGUAGGUGGAGGCCUUUCGCACAUGUACAAAAAAUGGUGAUGUUGGUGUGACGAAAGCAGUCACCCACGAAAUCUCAGGAUCCUGGAUUUAGGGUGGGCCCUCCAUCCAGUGACUGGUGUCCUUGUAUAAGAAAUGACACAGGGGAGAAGGCCAUGCGAAGACAGAGGCGGAGACUGGAGUAAGGUGGCCACAAGCCAGGGAACGCCAGAAGCCACCAGAAGCUGGAAGAGGCAAGGAAGGAUUCUCCCCUUUCAUAGGGAGUAUGGCCCGGAUGACCCCUUGAUCUGGGUGUCACCGAUGCAGAACUGGGAAAAGAUAAAUUUCUGUUGCUUUAGCCACCACGUUUGUGAUCAUUGGUUAC